GAUAGCAGGAGUAUUCAUUAUUAAAUUCAUGAUAGUUUGUAGCCACCUCAAAAUAUACACUGAUAACAUUGAUGCCUAAACAACUUAGAAUUGGAAGAAUUCGUAGUCUACCGUCUAUAGACUCUAGAUCUAUAUCUAUGAAUCUAUGUAUAAUACUAAUAAUAGAUCUAGAAGCAGUUUGACUAGUUUAUUGUUAGACUUAUAUUACCGUUUCAAUAUAGAAAAAUUCUAGAUAGAUACUUAAAGUAUUACUUAGGCUUAGGAUACUAGUUACUAGAUCUAGGUUAUACUAUAGUACUUAUAGGUAUCAUCAUCAUGAAUCUAGACUUAAAUCUAGAAUCUAGCUAGACUAACUCACUAAGACUCAAGACUAACUCUAACUCUAGACUAGUGUGUAGUAAUACUAUAAUAAAUUACUGUAACUAUUAGUAUUUAAAGUAGUACUAUUAGUUACUAUUACAGUACAGUACUACAGUAACAGUACUCUAGUCACAUAGUGAAUGAUAGUGACUCUACUAAUGAUGACUAAUCUACUCUCUAGAUAGAUUUACUAGAUUCUCAUUCUAGAUCUAGAUGACUGAGUCGACUGAGUAGAUGAUCAUGAUAGAUCUCAUCUAGAUGAGUAGAUCUCCAGCUAUCAUUCAUGUCGUCUAUACAGUAUAGUGACAGUAUGCUCUAUUAACUCUACUCUAUAGUAAAAUAUACUGACUAGAAAUAGAUCUAGAUCUAUAGUUACACUAUAGCAGAUCUAGACCUUCACGACAGAUCUCAGAAUCAGAUCAAGACCAAGUCAAUCAAGAAAUAAUCAAGAUCAUCUGAAUUCUGAUUGAAAUUGUACAUGACGUGGUCAUAUUCAAGAUAUUGAUGAAUGAUCAUAAAUUGAUAAAUUUUCUAGUUUACAAUCUACAUAAUAAAUAACAAAUGAAAAUGAAGGAUUGAUGAUGACAAUGUCAAUGUUGAGAUAGUAGAGCAACAUUCACAAUGAUGAUUCAUUCAAUUGACUUAUAGAUAUAUGAUACUGUAACAGACUAUGUUCAUAAUAUUUAGAUCUAGAAUCUAAUAUGGAUGGCUACUUACUAGACUCCUGACUUUAAUUUUACUGGAGUUUACUAGAAACCAGAUCUUACUAAUGUUAAUAGCUGCACACAGCCUUGGCUCAUUAAUAAUAAUGUUAUAGCUAUUUUGUUUGAGAUAAAUUUCUACAUACUUUUGGUGCUAAAUCAAUUCUUUAUCAAUGUAGUUUACUAUAAAAAUGUCCUCAAGAGGAGGUCUUCAGUGGCAAAGAUCACGUUUAAAGGUAGUUUGGUCAAGACGAAAUGAUUUCUCAAAAAUGAGUGACCAUCCCAAUGAUAAGCUUGAAAUGGAUCAAGAACUAGAUGACAGUUCUAGUGAAGAGGACAAUGAUUUUAAAGCAUGUUUCAUUGAUAACAAAGAUUACCACAAUGAAAAUGGGAUUGGAAGAAAUAUUGAAAGAGGGAAUAAAAUUAGGCCAGUUAGAUCAACACUAUACAAUCAUAAUGGAGCAAUAGAAAAACUUGUUUCUUCAGCUGACCAUGACAUGGACAAAGAUUCAAGUGAUAGAAACCAAAAUGCAGAAAUCACCAGUGUCCACAUUUUCAUAGAAGAUGGUAAAGCCAUUGAACUUUCAGGAGGUAAAGAAGAUGAAGAACAAAAUGAUUUUGUUGAUAUGGCACUGUCAAGAGAUGGUUUCACGGAUAAAACUGAUUUGGCCCUAACAAGGGGUUCUGUAGAUAUCAAGAAAUUAAAGAUAGCACUUUCUCGACCAGAUGUGACCAAAAAUUCUGAAACAUUUGAACCUCCUGUAAAAUUCGGCUGGUUUGAUAUGCUUAUCGGCAUUUUAUCCAUCGCUGUUUUUCUUAUUGACAUUGGUACUGAUAUAGAAUUGGCAGCUCAUUAUUUCAGAGACAAAAGUUUUCGCUAUGGCAUAGUCACUGCAGCGUUAAUUAUUAUACCUUCAUUAAUCACUUGCUUGUUAGGCCUGCAUUGGUAUAUUAUUGAUUAUAGAAAGGAAAAGCAAGUAGUAGAAAAAUUAAAAAGAAACAAAAGGAAGCCUUACAAGAUUCCAACCUACAUUUGGUUUUUAAGAAUCUUCUUCACUUUACUGAUGUUCGGACCUGUUGUUAGAGUUGUGGAGUAUUUGUACUGUGGAGUUAAAAGUCAGAAUAAAAGGCUAACACCUAAAGAGAGAAAACGAUUUUACAGAUUCAUGAUGUAUGAAGAUGUUGACAGCUGCCUUCUUCGCAUUUUUGAAAGUUUCUUAGAAUCAGCCCCCCAGUUGACAUGGCAGCUGUACAUUGCUAUUGAGUCCAAACCAAAAGAGGAUGCUGUUGGCUCUUCUAUUCGAGUCAUUGCCUUGUUGUCAUCCUGGGGAAGUCUGGCCAUAUCACUUAUGUCCUACCAAAAGUCUCUUCGUAAUUCUCAUGAAGAGAAAGCUAAGAUGAGCCUGAUCAGCCUUCCUUUCUACUUUAUAUGGAGAGCUAGUGAGAUUGGAGGAAGAGUUUUGUGCAUUGCUAUGUUUGCCUCUGCUUUCGACUUGUGGGUGUUUGGUCCUCUUGUGUUCCACUGGGUCUUCAUGUCUGGAUGGCUUAUCUUACAGAGGACAGCAUUCUACAAGAACAAAUGCUUGGAGAAAGUCUUCAACAUAAUCUGUGGGUAUGUAAUGGUGUUCUGCUUUUUAAAUCUGCGUGAGGGUCAGACCAGAUUCAGAGUGAUUCUGUUUUAUUUUAUUGUUUAUGUGGAGAACUUCUUCAUGCUAGCCCUCUGGUUUCGCUUCACUCAAGACCUUGGCGCUUGGUUUCAUCUUGGAGGUUUCAUUACUGUGAUGCUGCUGUUUCUUGUGCAUGUAGUUUUCCAGCUGGUGUACUAUCGCUUCUUUCAUCCCACAAAGGACAUCAAGCUAUGCUUGCCCUGUGACAGAUAUGUCAUUUACAGCUCUAUAUGUCAUGACAUCACAGAACCUAGAGGACCAGAAACUAGAGAGAGCUACACAGUUGCAGAGGUUAUUGUUGAUAACAACACUUCUGAUAGAAGACAAAGCAGUUCUAAAAGCUCACACACUUCUAUGGUGUAGACUUAUGGAUUGGACAUUGGAAUAUAAUAAAGUGUGAAUUUUUUAUAUUUUGUAUCAGAAACAUCUUGAAUAAUUUUUACUACUGAUCACAACAUUAUUUGUAAAGGCAUUUAUUUAUUUAACACUUAGAAUUUAGAUACCGGUAAAAAUAAAUAUUAUUUAUCAUUUUGCUAAACACUUUUUUUAAUGUUAGCUUUUUCAUCAAUCAAUUUAUUGUCAAACUUUUUGCUAUGGGCUGAAAUUGAAAUAAAAUUGUUAUAAUGUAUUUAUUCUAUGAAAACUUGCUGACCAUAUUUACAAAAUAAUGAUAAGGAGUGUCAUAAAAUGGUUUUAUCAUUUAAGACAUUGAUUAUUUGAAUCAAGAGUUAAAAAAAAAAAUUAAAAAAAAAAUUGUUUUCACUGAUUCAUAUAGUUUGUUAAAGGGCAGCGAAUAGCACAUCAGACUUUUCUAGUUUAGUAGACUUGCAUUCAACAUUAGCACAUCAGACUUUUCUAGUUUAGUAGACUUGCAUUCAACAUUAGCACAUCAGACUUUUCUAGUUUAGUAGACUUGCAUUCAACAUUAGCACAUCAGACUUUUCUAGUUUAGUAGACUUGCAUUCAACAUUAGCACAUCAGACUUUUCUAGUUUAGUAGACUUGCAUUCAACAUUAGCACAUCAGACUUUUCUAAUUUAGUAGACUUGCAUUCAACAUAACAUUAUUUUAAACAUUAAAUUAACAUUUAGAUUUAUUAUCUAAUAGUGCAUUUAAAAUCAUGAAUAACAAACACAGUCGCUCAAUUAUCUACUUGCCUACAUAAAACUAAUAAUAUUGAUAAGAAACCACAUCUUAUUUGUUCCAUUUGCCUAUGUUACAUGAUGAUGGAGUUGCUUCUAAAGAGUACCCCAUGUCAUGAAUCUAUUAAUUUAUUUUUGGGUUUAAAAGAAUAUUUUUCUUUGUCUGCUUACAAAGCCGUGCCUAAUCAUUUGUCAUCCUCUAUUUUUUAAAAAUCUUUUGGCCAACAUACACAAUGAAUGAACUAAUAUUGUUUAUGUCUAUUAUUGUAUUGCUUCAGUUGUCACUGCUCUUUUGAACUAAUAUUUAAGUUGCUUUUUGUUUCAUCAGUUUUUCAAACCUAGUCAAUGAGAGAAACUAAUGGCAUAAACUCAGAUUUUGAAGAGUUUGAAAAGUUUCCGGUGUAGAUAGAAAAGUGUUGUGUUAAAUGUUACAAUUCACUUUCAACUUGUCCUAUUGAGUUUUAUUCAAGUGUUCUCACUAUAUAUGUUGUGUCUAUUAAUGUAGAAUGCUUGAAAAGAUCAUGGUUACAAUGGCUACUUUAUUAGUUACUGUAUUUAUACAUACAUAUUUACAUAUCUUAAUUCAUGACCAAAUUGAACAGUGUUUCUUUUGUGCAAUACCAAUUUAUUUAGCACUGUUGACAUUCUGAAUGUCUAUUUUCCUUUUUAUUUGGUUUGUGGAAAAUUGUAUGCAUCAGUUAUUGAAUAGAAUUGAUAUAUACAGUUAAUUAUGUAUUGUAUUUUAUUUUAAUACUUAGACACUAUUUUGUACAAUUCUCAGAAACAAUGAGUACAGUGUUAACAUUUACAUAUCUUUUGAUUAUUUUUUAUUUAUGUGUAUGCUAGUAUCCUAUGAGCAGUGCACUCAAUGUGGCAAAAACUGUUGGCAUUCAGUUUAUAGUUGUAUUAAGUCACAGCAAGGAAACUAACCACAAGUUUUCAGCCUUCCCUGUGCUACUGAAGACUAAAGUAAGAGUGUUGAUCCAGAAUAUUUUUUUUUUCAGAAAGUUUCAUAAUUGGCUAAACUAUGUGUCUUCUUAACUAGGAUAUUUAACACAUACAUAGGUAUUCAACUCACUUUUUUAGACUGGCUGGUCUCUUAGUAUGUGAUAAUUAAAACCAAGCAGUAAACUAGACUAAGUACAUUUCAUUGGUCUUUCAAAUAAUUGGUUGAUAUAUAUCUUAGCAUAAUUAAAUAAUGUUUGAAUUUGAAAAGGUUUUCUUGUUUACAGAAAUGUUUGUAAAAUGUUGGCUAGGUCUUAACAAUUUUCUAAUAUUUGAAUAACAAAAUCUGCUGAAAAUAAUUUUUGAAUUCUCAAAAUAUCAUUUAAUCAAGGUCACUUCUGAAUUGAACCAACUGAAAAAAAAAUUGUUUUGGUCUUUUGGAUGUAACAAAAUGUUGUUGAACUUGUUAGAUCUAUGACUUCUAUGACUGAGAUAAUAACAUGCUGAUUUAUAGACCUUAUGGCUGAAUGAUAAUACUACUGGUAAUUGUGUAAAUAAAAAUAAUUCAGUCUCAUCAACAAUUUCUUGAAUUAACUUUUGUGCAGAGACAAUAUGUGAAGUCAAAUAUUUCUCUAGAGAAAGUAAAUGGUUUCUGUGCAAUGAGCCUUGGGAAAGUUGGAUUUGAUUCAAGAGUUUUACAAUGCAGUAGUAUUGUCUAGAUAUAAUCUGUAAACUAGCAUUGUCAAAUAGAAGUCUAUUUUUUUAAAACAAAAAAUAAGUAUAAAAAUAUUUAGUAUGCAUCAUGGUUUGCUUAUUUUAGGUCAUUUGGGAAAUGAUGAAAGUUGAUGGUCAUCAUCAUGUAUCUUGUAGUUAUGAAAUUCAAAAUCUGUGCAAAAUGAUGUAACCAAACAUUAUUUUUUUUUAUGUAAAUGUGUUUUUAGAGUACCAGAAAAGACAGAUUCAUCUCAUAGCAUUAUUAUCAAAUCCUCAGUGUAUAACUUAAUUUAAAUCAGUUCAUUGAAUCCAAAAGUUGUAAUCUUUUAUUUGAACUGAAACAUUCAACAUUUGUUCAGAUCAUUGAGAGAGAUUUUUUGUUAAGAACGUAAAACAAAUAUUAAAUUAAAAUGAAAUUAUAAAUUGAAUGAAUGAUUUAAAAUUCUGUUCAUAAUAUAAAUAGUAGUAGCUACAUACAGAGCAGUCUAGGUAGUGAUGCACUGUAAGGUAGGGGGUAGAACUCGUUUCCUGUUGAUUCCUAUAUACAUUAAAUAACUAGAUAGUCCAAAGUGUUAAGAGAAAACAAUGGGUUUGAUCAUCUCUCAACAUAAAAUGACUUUUUAAUUGAUAAAAACUUGCACUGUGAAUAUUAAUUUGGCUACAAAUUUCUAUUCAGUAGUUUGAUAUGAAAGUACAUAUAUAAAUAUUAGCUCUAACUGUAAGCCUAAAUCUGGCUGUGUUCAGUUUGUAUGUGUACAGUAACAGUUUCAUACUUUUAGUUUACACUUGUUUGUCAUUGUCAAUGAAUUGUAACAAUUACAUGCUCCAUCUAACUUUAGUGAGGACAUUUACAUUUGGCACUAAUGUUAUUUGUGAGGACAUUUACAUUUGGCACUAAUGUUAUUUGUGAGGACAUUUACAUUUGGCACUAAAUGUUCUUAACUCAAUAAAGUGAUGACAUUCCUAGACUUCUUGCAAUUUGUGAGGAUUAGUUUUAACAAAUAUUUUUUUAAUGUAGAGAAUGAUCCUAGACAUUGUGUUUUUGUAAUUGCUCUAUAUCCUAUUUUUUUACAAUUUGCUUGUUUCAUUUCUAGAAUUGAAUGCAUUCCUUUAAAAUGUUAUAUCCACAGUUGUGUCAUAUUUUGUUUUCAGUUCUUGUAGAAGUGUACAUUUUAUUAUGUUUUUCCUUUUAUUAUUUUAAUGCAUUCCUUUGAGUUCUGACAUUUUGUUUUUUUGUCAUUACUUAUUUAUCUGAUUAGACCACAUAUCUUUCUACUUGAAUGAGUUUAUUGCUCAACAUAAAAUCGUAGACAGUGUUUCAUGUAGCUCUAUGCUUCCUGUGAUAUUAGAUUUUUUAUUUGGUCUUUUUAAAUACUUUGUAAAUUUACUAGCUUUUCUUACUGUAAAUUAUUUGUAACUUUUCAAAGAUAUUACGCUGGAGCAGUAUUUUGAUAGUUGUAAAAAAAAACAACCUGUCUUUCACAUUAUUCUAAUGGUUAGGCCUACUAUCAAUCCGAUGAUCACCUAUUGUUAAAAAUAAAAAAUAUUUUUAGAUCAAAUUAAAUUGCUCAUGACCUUGUUGAAUAUUGUAUUGAUAUUUCCAAAUUUCAUUCAACUUUCACAUUUUUUUACUUGCAUCAGGUCACAUUCUAAAUAAAUGGAAGAGUGGGGUGGAAGUAGGUCAAAUAAAUGGAAGAGUGGGGUGGAAGUAGGUCAAAUAAAUGUACAAAUUAUCAUUCCUGUUCUUCUUGUGUUUAGAUGUGAAGACUCUUUACUGGUAGCUGAGGGUUUUUGCUUUGAGUUAUCUCAUAGUCUGAAAUUGAAAUUUAAGGAUUUCAACACUUUUUCUAUGGCUGUAAAGCAAAUCCUCCCAUUCACCUACACUGACAUUAUCUGAGACAUCAAAUGAAGACAUUUGCAUUGAUCUUCAUCUAUAACCACAUGCUUUUUAUAUUUUGUUUACCUCCUUUAGUCCUAGAAUUACUAUGGUUCAAUUUGUGGAGCAUUUUUUCAUGUGACUAGGGCCACUAUUCUGAAGAGACAUUCCCUUUCAAAUACAAGCCAGGUUAGGGUGGCAUUUGCUUUUGUGGUAGAGGAACCAGUCAUUUUUUGUUAGGCUUUUUUUUUGUCCAGUGCUGAGGCCACUUCCUUUUCACUGUUGAUAGCUUUCUUUGACACUUCUCUCCACAUAUAGCAGUCUAGGGCUAUGUCUGCUCAACAGUUGAAGCAGCCUUAGGGAAUUCACUUUUUAAUCUCUUCUAGGGACAGGUCAAUCUAGGUUUGUGGAAUACAAGUAAUAGAAUUCAUGCACAACAUUUAUCUUGUUUUCAUCAAUGAAAAUGGAAGUUGUAGUUCUUUGUGCUAAACCUUGCAGAACUAACCCACAAGCCACAAUCACAUUAAUUAGGGAGCACUUAGACUCCCUGUCCAAUUGCAAAGUCUGAGGAAAUCUAAUGCAUUCACUUGGUUAGGGAAAGUCUACAAUAAAUAAAUCUAUAUGUAACUGUGUAGGCUUCUGUAUACCAAAUAACCCUCUCCACUGUUAGCUAAAGGCAGGGAGUAACAAAUGGAGUAUUAUUAGAGCUAUGAAAACAAAAAUGAAAUUGCACACUUGGACUUUGUUGGAUUUAAUAUGGUUAGCUAUUUAGUGUGUCACUUUAGCAACAUGGAUUUAUCCCUGCUGCUCUUCUGGGGCAAAAAAGUGUAAUUAGCAUAUUUCUUGAAGGAAUGUGAGUGAUCAAUUUCCAAUUUGAAAUAGGUUGUGAAUUAGCUUUGUACUCUUUGUUCUAAGCUUUGAAAAGAUGUUACAAAAUGUACUUGUUUCUUUUUCAGGCUCAAAUAACUCUCAACAAUAUUCAACUGGUAAUAGGGGAUAGAAACUUUGAUAGUAAUCCUAAGAACUUUUAAAAAUAACUUUAAAAUGAGCAUUGGGCUUUCUUUAGAAGUGGCUGGUCUUCUUAGAAUUUAUAUGGAGACACAAAAAAUUAUCUUUAGAGGUUUAAGAUGACUGGUCCAUUAUCUGAGAUGAACUGCACAGUUGUUUCCAGAUCCUGCAGCUCUAUAUAAAGUCUUUCUUCUAUAAUUAUAAAUAGGGUGCCAUAUUUCAUUUCUUGGCUUCCACUGUUUGUAGAUUCAGACGUUUUUAUGGUUAUUUAGAAAUACAGUUAGUCUAAUGCAUUAGUUAGCUAAAUAUGUAUUUUUAACUAACAAGAAAUAUUCCCUUUAGUGAUGAGAUUCUCCUUCAUUUUUGUUGUAAUCAAGAACAUGGUGUGCUUAUUGCCUUUUUUUGACCAACUGAUAAGUGUCCAUUCAGGUAAGUCUAAGUAGCCCAGGGUCUGACUAGAAUGCCCUUGUUGACCAUCUGAUGAGUGUCCAUACAGUCUGACUAGAAUGUCUUUGUUGACUAACUGAUCAGUAUCCAUACAGGUCUAAGUACCCCAAUGUCUGACUAGAAUGCCUUUGUUGACCAACUGGUCAGUAUCCAUACAGGUCUAAGUAGCCCAGUGUCUGACUAGAAUGUCUUGGUUGACCAACUGAUGAGUGUCCAUACAGGUCUUAGUAGCCCAGUGUCUGACUAGAAUGCCUUGAUGCUGAGCAAGCAUUCAGAUAUUUUGUUUCAAACUUGGGCUUCAGGUUCAAUGGCAUUCUAAACAUAUACAAUGAAAUAAUCCCAAGACAGCUUUGAAGUCCAUUAUUGAAUCUACAACUAACCAUGUUUUGUAUUACAAUAGUAUCUUCAUCCCCAAACUUUGAUAAAAACAUUUAAUAGAUAUUUAAAUUGGACAAUGUUAUUUAUGUCAGCUAGCGCCUACAUAACAACGAAUUCACACAAGUUAAAUGCUGAGGUUAUUCAUUGCUCAAAUUUGUGUUCUCCAUUUAAACAUGAAUUUGUUUCAGUGACUGGUUACUAGGGCAUUCACUAUUUGAUAUUUGAACAUUUUAAGUUUUAAAUUUGCUAUGUAAUCAUUUGAUUAAAGUUUUAAAAAUUUGACAAUUAUUUAUGAUGAGUUGUCACAUUUAUAUUACUUUUUUUUUUUCUACAAAAUUAGUUUUAUAAAAUUUAUUUAGAUGUUGGUUGUGGGAAGUUUGGACUAGGUUAAAAUAAUGUUCAAUUUAAAACUAAAAAAUAUUUGUAAUGCAUUUAAUGUUUUAUUUUGUCAAGAAUAUUCUUUCAGUGUUUGUUUGAAAAUAACAACCUUUUUAAUUAGAAAACUUAACUAACUUCUUUUUCAAAGGUUUUUGAUGUAGAGAUUUCUCAAAUUUAGAACAUAGAUGAAAGAUGUACAGUUUAAUGUAGUUUUCAUAGUUUCUACACGUUGUGUUCUUUUGAUGUUUUUUUUUUCCCUAACAAGUGUCUUGGUAAAAUACUUCUAUGCCCCAUUGUUUGUGUCAAUUUCUAAUUUUGAGACGGAAUGGGAUUCAGUGUUGUCACUUAGAAGUAUAGAAAAGAUGUCCAUUUUUAGGGAAGAGGGGAUUGCAAUAACUAUGCACUGAUGGUGCAAUUGUAUAUUAUAGUUUAAAACUAAAAUCAAGGGUAACAACUUAUUAAAGAUCAGCCAAAAUGUGGGUACAUUAAUAUACAUUGGACUUAUUCAUUUUUUUAAAAAUUGCCAUGAAUGUCCUGUUAUAAAUAUAAUAUACUGAAACACUUUUAAAAGCUUAGAAAAUCAUGUUUAGAUUUUAUUAUCAUUUCUGAAUAGAGUAAUGAUUGUAAUGCAAUCAAAGGUGAACAGCACACAACUUUUAAAAACAUUCCUUGCGUUGUCAUUCAAUAGAUUGAACUCUACCAUUGAAAGUAGCAUAGAAAUGUUGUUGUGGUGCUUCUAUUUCCUAACUUAAAUUGCACUGUUCAUUGUUUAUAGUCAACUAUUUUUGUAAGAAUUGUAAAAAAUAAAAUGGGUGAUGUUUAAUUAAUAAACUGCUUGACCACUA